AUGUCGAGUUCAGCCGUAGCAACCUCUCCGCUCGAACCCGUCUCACCCAACUGCCUAGGCUUCUGUCAACGAUGCGGAGAUCCCAUUUCUGGCCGCAUUCGGUGCAGUCGAUGCGGCGGCUCCAGCAAAGAGCCGCGUGUUCGCUCUAACCAAGUGCUGCCUGCUGCUAAGAAGCCUGAUCCAUGGGCUCAUCGCUACGUCAGCGCACACUCUGCCUCGCAAGACGAACCAACGCAAGAGUAUCUUCACAAUCAACCACCUCCAUUGUCGCCAGAUCGAGCGAGCUAUGACGCCGCACUGGGUUUUGGUAUACCUUCACGUAUCUCGAGCGACUUGCGGAGCUGUACUGCUUUAGGCAAUCAACAGCUGCACCCGUCUCGGUUGAGACCUGAUACUGUGCAUCCCGACCCGCGUCGUGCAAGUCAGGACUACACCGCCCCGCUCGUCAAAGGCUCGGACGGCGUGCUCUCCAAAGUGUGCGGCUCACUCGUCGAGCCUUCUUCCAGCCGCAACCGAUGGUCCUGCUCCGACUGCUCUUCCAUCUUUGCACGUGAUUCAACGCUGUACGCCCCACCCACCUCCUCUUCUGCCACUACCCAGCACGAUACUUUCUACUGUCGAGACUGCUACGCCAAGCGGUACAGUUUGGGAGAUUGCAAGGCUUGUGGAAGGAACGUCCUGGGUUCCACAAAGGAAGAUGGAAAGUAUGUCAAAGCGAGCACUGGCAUCUGGCAUGGAAGGUGCUGGAAGUGCAGCAUUUGCGACAAGUUGGGAGGGAAAAAUGGGCUCGAGGUGAUGAUUGGUAUGGAUGGGAAUCCAACGUGUGAGAUAUGUUUCGAUCGUCCCAAUCUAAGCUCUGCUCAGCAGGAUCUGGCUCGCAAGGUGGCUGCCGUCGAUGUUCCCGAUGUGCGCAGAUUGACACGCGUCGCAGCUUCACGAAAUGGUGCAAUGGGAGCGACGAUUGCAGAGCUCACUAAGAAGCUCGGUCAGCAAAGCAUCUCGUCACCCCGACCGUUCUCUUCAAGAUCAAGCUCCAACACCUCACUCACCAAGUCGUCCUCUUCGCAAGCCUCGCUCAACGCUCUAUCGCAAUCCCCGUCCAAGGCCCAAUAUGCCUUUCCGAACCACAUCCCAAGCUCACUAGGCAAAACAGGUAUCACACAAUCCGCAAGUCUCGCUGCAAGUCCUCCAAAGCCACGCCCCUUGACAGCACAGUUUCGCGACGGGCUCAACCUGGCAGCUUUCAAGCCAAGUCUCGCGGGAAACGAGGCGGAGAACAAACAAGUACAGACGAGCGACUCGAGAAGUCGUAGCGCUAGUCCUGUCAAGAGGCCGGAAUGGAAGAGGGACGUGUCGCCGAUGAAGCGAUCUAAGCUGCAGGAUCAAGCUGCAAGCGCCACAAACAGGCUUGCCGACCAAAAGUCUGAUCACGCAAACAAAGCGCUGACGACUCAAGGUGCGUCCAAGGAUCCGGGCAACUCCUCCUCGGUGGCUUCUCUCGAGGCAGCGAAGGACCUCGAUCGAGAUCGUACAACGAAUGGCUUCCCACGUCCGCUCAACUCGUCUUCAAAACGUCCAGAGCAGAACAAUCAACCGCUUCGAGAAGAGAACGCCCCUAGUGGCACCGGUAAAGUCGCGUUUGAACCCAGUCAAGCGUCUCAGCUGGAACCCGCGGAGGGCACGACCCGAUGUGCAGCCUGUGGUCUUCUGCCUUUCGAGCCGCUGAACUGUUCACAAACUCAGGAAGUGGUCAUGGUCACACUUUCAGACAACAUCCACCUGCAUGCCGACUGCUUCCGAUGUUCGAUUUGCCACGAAGCGAUCGAUGGCAGAAAGUCGUUCAUCCGAGUCCAGGAUCAAGCUACCGCAGCAGCUGCAGCGUUGGUGGAAGGAUUGCCGGCGUACGCGCAUCCACAGUGCGCGCCUACGGUGCAGCUCCAUUUCGUUCAGGUGCAAGAGGAUAAGCAUGGAGAAGCGCAGAGGAGUUUCAAGACUGCGUUGGCUCCGACUAGCGGCACGAGCCACGCCACGCAUCAGAGGGAGUUGAAACCUAGUCCCGUUCCAUCACCGUCUGCGACUGUGCGAGAAAAGGAGCUCGGCGGUCGCGCUCACAUUCUUCCGGACGACUCGGCGUUUCAGAGUGGUGCGACGACGACAACGAUAGGCGCGGUUCGGCGGUUUCAAUCGACAGCAGGAGCUGCCCCGCCUACGAGCUCAACGAUCCUCGCCCAUUGCACUCCCACCACGUCGUCUGCGCCACCGAAACUAGCCAAUCCAGCAGCAGGAAUCUUCUCGCGUCUCAGCGCGCUCUCGACCGCGUCCGGCAAUCCAUCGCUCCUCUCAUCCUCUACCCUGACCACAUCUAGACGGUAUGGAGGAAUGCAAACGUGCGCCUUCUGCGGAUGCAAACUCUCGUCUCUCGAGUCGGUUCUAGGUCCACGCGGUACUGCGUGGCAUAAAACGUGCCUGAUAUGCCGCGCACCUCGCGCGCCUCCAAGAGACAAGAUCGGCUCCACCACGAAACCUCUCGCCCCGAUCUGUGCCAAACAACUCGAUAGCGGAGCAAAGGUCAACAAAGACGGCGAGGUCAGAUGCCGAGAUUGCUACGAUCGUGAAUCUAGUAGCUUCAGUAUCAAGACGUGA